AUGGCCUGCCCUCAUUUGGAGGCAGCCAAUCUUAGCCCUCCGAACCCAUCCCAGUCGGUAUAUCGCGAAGACUGCACGCAGUGCUUUGACUCUCUUGACGAUGUCGACGGCCUUGACGUGUGUCUCCAGUGCUUCAACGGCGGUUGCGCGGGUGAUCGCGCACAUAACCGCCUCCACAGCGUCCUUCGUUCCCAUCCUCUUACUCUCAACAUUCGCCGGACCCGAAAGAAAGUCGUGCGCGAUGAGCCACCCAUGAAAAUGUCGAAACUGGCCAUCGCCGCCGAGACGGACGAAGACCGAUUCGACAUGACUCUCAAGGCGCGAUGCCUCGAGUGCAAUAUCGAUCUCGACGCGGCGAAUUCCAAAUUGGCCCCUGUUAUCUCCGGCGUACUCAAGGCGAACACAUUCUCUCGCAGCGAAGAGGUGAAGGCUUGGGAACAAGAGCUUACCAGCUGCGAGCAUAUUCUUUUGAUGCAACAAGCCGAAUCUCGAAAAAUUGAGCAAGGAGCUCUUGGUCACUGCUAUGCUUGUGAUCUUAGGGAAAAUCUCUGGCUCUGCUUGGAAUGCGGCAAUCUUGGCUGCGGCAGGAAGCAGCUGGGUGGUGUCGACGGCAACUCUCACGCGCUGGCACAUUCCGAUGAAUCCUCCCAUGGCGUCGCUGUCAAAUUGGGCUCAAUUACUCCCGAGGGAACUGCUGAUAUCUACUGUUACAAAUGUGACGAUGAGCGCCUCGACCAAGAUCUUGGCCAGCACCUUGCGCACUGGGGCAUCAUACUGGCCGACAGAGAAAAGACAGAAAAGAGCUUAACUGAGAUGCAGAUAGAACAAAAUCUGCGCUGGGAUUUCAGUAUGACCACCGAGGAUGGCAAGGAACUCAAGCCACUAUUUGGGCCUGGUCUCACCGGCCUGAAGAAUCUCGGCAACAGCUGCUAUAUGGCCAGCAUUAUGCAGUGUCUCAUGGAUAUGCCCGCUUUACGCGAUCGCUACUACCGCCCAAAUGACGACCUCCCCAUUGUCGAUGAUCCAGCCGGUGAUCUCGAAACUCAGUUGCGAAAAUUUGCCGACGGUCUCUGGUCGGGUCGUUACUCUAAGCCUGAUCCUGCGCUGACAAACGAGAACGGCGUCGCACACCAAAAGGGUCUUGUACCAGCCAUGCUCAAACAUUUGAUUGGACGAGGUCAUGAAGAAUUUUCGACUAUGCGUCAACAAGAUGCCUUUGAGUUCCUUCAGCAUAUCUUCAAACUCAUCACGAGAUCCAAGCACGAUGGUGGUCGUGUAGACCCCACAAAGUCGUUCCGGUUCAUCUUGGAACAAAGACUGCAGUGUCUGUCGUGCAACAAGGUCAAGUAUAGCAUCAAUGAGCAGGACAGUAUCUUCAUCGACGUCCCUCUCGAGAAGCUACCAGCUGUGGAGGGAGAGGACGCUCAGCCUACUGCGUAUAAGCCCGCAACCCUGGUGGAGUGCCUUGAUACUUUUACGGGUGCCGAAAAGGUCGAACUGACUUGUGCCGCCUGUGGAAGUAAGGAUGGCUUUACGAAGCAGUCUCUUUUCAAGACGUUUCCUGAAACACUUGUUGUCAAUGCCAGGAAGAUGACAGUUAUCAACUGGGUUCCGGUCAAGGUCGACGUCCCUGUCAUCGUACCCGACGAACCUUUCCUUCUCGAUAACUACUUGAGCAAAGGACAACAGCCUGGUGAAGAAAUCUUGCCAGACGAGCCCGAGACACAAGCUCCUUCAUUUGUGCCGGAUGAGGCUGCCCUCGCACAGCUUGAAGCCAUGGGUUUUCCUCGCAACCGUUGCGAAAAGGCACUUCACGCCACAGGCAAUUCUGACGCCAACUCUGCUAUGGAAUGGCUAUUUGGUCAUAUGGAAGAUCCAGACAUUGAUGCGCCUCUCGUUAUCGAGGAGCAGUCCAGUGGCGGUGGGUCAACAGCUGACCCCGAGAAGAUUGAGAUGUUGGGUGCUAUGGGGUUCGCUGCCCCUCAAGCCAAGAAAGCUCUCAAAGAAACGGGAGGGGAUAUGGAGCGCGCUGUUGAGUGGUUGUUCAGCCACCCCGAUGAUCAAGGUGAAUAUGACGAAGGUACGAGUGCAGAACUCGCUACCUCUCAGGACCCUCCAGGAACAGCAACUUUGCCCGCACGCUUCCAGCUUCAGUCCAUUGCCUGUCACAAGGGCACUAGUAUUCAUGCCGGUCAUUACGUCGCAUUCCUCCGCAAACCCAAUCCCGAGGAUAGCAGCGGUUCUACUUGGGUUUUGUUCAACGACGAAAAGGUGGUUGAGGCAUACGAUGUAGAGGAAAUGCGCAAGUUUGCAUACGUAUACUUUUUUUCAAGGUGCUAG